UAUUACUUACACGUUAAUAUAACAUGCUUAUUCUAAUUUGUGACAUAUCAUUUAGUUUGCAAAUUUAGUCUCCCUAGCAUUACCCAUUUCUUUAUUAAGAAACUUCUUCAUUAAUCUUAAAUAACAAUGACAGAAAAGUUAUACAAUGUGGCUUUGUGUGUUUUUUUUUUUUUUUUUUAAUUUUAUUUUAUCGAAAUGUAGCUUUGUGGCUACAAGGAAUAUUGGUGGUGAUGUCAUAUAAUAUGCGGAGUAGGGUUUGACGAGCCAGCUGUUCUGCUGUGAUUGGAAAAAGGUGUUGAGCUGGUUGAGACCCAUGUCUCAACACGUGUACUCAGGUUUGUAGAGGGAAGGGUCAAUUCGAUUUUAUGAUGUGGAGAGAGACAGAAGCAGAGAUUCGAUUCAAAGAUAUUGACUGAGAUCAUCAAAAUGCAUUAAACCAAACAAAUUAAAUAUUCAAGUCACUGAUUCAGAGGGAGGAUAUAUGCCAUGUAUUAUGUGUAUAUAUAAGAGGAAGUUAACCUAGCCAUGCAUUGUGCUAUAACCAGUGUGCGAUAGAAUACGAAGAAAACAAACAAGUACUACUUAUUGAGUUGAGUUGAAAGAGAUCAAAGUGCGAACUUAAAGAUGGUAGCUAUGAUGGGUUGGGGUGGUGUUGGAGAACAAGGAUGGAGGAAAGGUCCUUGGACUCCUGAGGAGGAUAAGCUGCUCAGUGAAUAUGUCACCUUACAUGGGGAUGGAAGAUGGAGUUCUGUGCCUAGGUCUACAGGUCUGAACAGGAAUGGGAAAAGUUGCAGACUCAGAUGGGUGAAUUAUCUGAGGCCAGGACUGAAGAAAGGGCAUAUAACACCUCAGGAGGAAGGCAUCAUCAUUGAAUUGCAUGCUUUAUGGGGUAACAAAUGGUCCACCAUUGCAAGAUACUUGCCAGGCAGAACCGACAAUGAGAUAAAAAACUUCUGGAGAACCCAUUUCAAAAAGAAAGAGAAAUGCACUCAGAAGCAAGAGAAACGAAAAGCAGAGAUUCUAAAAGCAAAACAACAACAAUUAGAGGAAGAUCAAAACAUGAAAGCAAGAGCCACUACACCACACCAUCAUUGGGAAGCCUGCAGCCAAGGAAUAAUAAGCAAUAUGAAUAAUAUUGAUAUCCAUGAAACACAAGCAACAUGGCAAGAAAAUAUGGAGGAAGACAAAUAUUGCUUACCAAAAUUGAUGCACCAAGCAAGUGUGGAAUUUUGGUCAGAUUUAUUAGGAGAAGAAGGGUUUUAUAAGCUCUGGAACUUAGACGACGUAAGCGGUCGAAUGGAUUUGCAGCAACACACAAGCUUAAGCCAGUGCAACAAAGCAGCCAUGCAGAUCAAUAAUCAAGGAAUUACUGCGGCUUUAUCUUCUGGAGGGGAAUCGUGCAAUAUAUCAUUGCAGAAUGGAAGUGAAACUAGUUCACCUGCUUUAUUUUGAGGAGGAUACUCCAACACUUUCUCCAAUGUAGGAGGCCACAUCUUCCAAUUAGAAAUGCUGAUCAUUCAUUAGAUUGGUACUAAAAUUAUUUUUCUGUCGCCGACUGACACGAUCGAUGAUGAACUUCUGAUCCAGCUAGCUAGUUAGCUAUAAGCGUAUCAAUAAAAUUCUAUAUGCUGGUUUAUGUUUCGAAAGCGUUAUUGUACUAUUGUUAAUUUU